AUGUCAUCAGCUCCAAUUUGUUACUUAACUUCAUGCAAAGCUUGGGACGUCGAUUUGCAAUGCCCGGAAGACCACUUGUGGGCAUCUAAGAUACUUGACAUUAAUGUUAAGGCAACUUUCAUUGCCAGCCAGAAAACAGAACGAGAAGAUGAAGAAGGAAAGAAGUCGGGCAUGGCGAGAAUUAUCGUCCAACAGGAAUCCCACAAGCUACGACUGGAGCAGUUGCUAAACGAUGUCGUAACCAAAGACUGGAACGACACCAACAUCUAUGACGUAUUGGACUCAAUGCAAAUCCCCAUUGGUCGCUCCACGGUAGACGAAAUCGUCGGCUGUGCGCUGGGCAUGGUUGCGAAGGAGAGUUAUAAGAACCGGAAUGUGUUGAGAAUGCGGGUGGAGAUUGAGGUAUUGGUAGACGAACAGCCAAAUUUGGCGGAAGGGGAUGCGUAUUGUAUCGAUGCGGAGGCUGAUGAUUUUUGGGAGACGGCGGAGGCGUUUAGGAAGCUAAGGAAAGUGGUGGUGGAAGAGCCUGUUGAGAAUUUAUGUUCCAUUUGUUUGGUUGGGUUCUUGGAGGGAUCGGAGAUUAGUGCUACACCAUGCUCUCAUGUAUUCCAUGAUCGUUGUAUUAGAGCUUGGCUAAAGAAAUGCAGUAAGAAAUUCUGUCCUAACUGUGUUACCAAUUUGGCCUAA